CCUGAAAAAAAGAAAAGGCUACCCAAGAAGAUAAUGGUUCCACAUGGCAUAAUAGUAAGGUCUUCCAUACCGGGCAGCACGGUCAGCCAAACUGGUCCUGCCCGAAAACUCAAAGAGUCCAAAUUCCCACCUCACCACUCAAGGCUCACUUACUUACCACACACACCUCCUAAACCAAAAUUAUCCAAAACCAUGUCCAGCUUCACUCAUGCCACCACACUCCUCCAUGCCCACAUCAAAACCAAGCACAAAAAACCCUCCACCACCACCACCACCACCACCCCAUUACCCCAUAACCAUUCCCCCAACAGAAGGAAGCUGAUUUCAACCUUUCUAGCCACUUCAACAGCAGCACUACUAGUGCAUGGAGUCACCAGCACCCCACAAGCACUGGCCCAGAGCUGGGGCACGCACUCCUUCAUCAAGGAGCACUUCUUCGAGCCGGGGCUCUCCCCGGAAGACGCGGUGGCGAGGAUAAAGCAGACUGCGGAGGGGCUGCACAGCAUUCGGGAGGCGCUGGAGACCAUGUCUUGGAGGUAUAUCAUGUUCUACAUACGCAUCAAGCAGGCCUAUCUUGACCAGGACUUGAGGACUGCCUUCACCACCUUGCCUGAGAGUAGACGCAAGGAGUAUGUCAAAACUGCUAAUGAGUUGGUGUCUAACUUUGGUGAGUUUGAUAGGCAUAUUCGGACGCCAAAGGUAUAUGAAUCAUACCUAUACUACGAGAAGACAUUGAAGUCAAUAGAUCAACUUGUGGCCAUACUAGCAUAGCACAAGGAGGAAGCUGCAGGGUAUAACGGUCUUAAUUUGCAAUUCUUAUUUUUGUGGUAUAAAGCCUCUUGUUACGUUUUUUUUCCUUCCAUUUUAAUUCCGAAUUGAAAUAGAAGGUAUUAUAGCACGAAGUUCAAGCAUAUAUUAUGUACAUGUUUGUAUGCAACUUCAAAUUCAUGAACACAAAGAAGGUUCUAAAAUGAGAAGCUUCAAUCUCAA